AUGUCGUGCGGUCGAGUUGUUAGCAUCGACGAGGUACUUCACACCUAUUUCGGAUACGUUGAAAUCAGCCGAAAAAGCGGCGAAUCACAUAUUUUGCUGAAGAAUUAUCUGCUCCAGAAUGAAUCAAGUUUUCGGGUGAAUGGGUCGGUGAGGGGUGCCUGUUGUACUCACAACUAUCUUUUCCUUUUGGUACCAUUGGAGCAAUGUGUGUACGCAUUCCGGAUUGAUUCCUUCCUUGUUUACCGCUUAAAUAUCGAUGAAAUUGAGCGCAAUCCCGGAUUCAAGCCUAUGACGAACAUUGCCGUGGAAACUGAAAAAAUGAUAACGCCACGCAAGGAAAAAGAUCAGCAAAAAGGAGCGCCUGAACUUGCGCAUUUGAAGUUACAAUCCGAAAAAAGUCUCGAGUUCCAGAGCCCUGUGGAAGUGGAGGAUUUUCUGUUAUGCGCAACGAGCAGAUCAUGUUAUUUGGUGAAAAAUACGAGCGAUGGGCCAUCGAUGUAUCGAAUUUUUACUGAAAAUAAGGAAGCUAACGACGAGUUGCACCUCCUUCAACUUGGUUUCCAAGAGCCCGUCCUACAGCUUGCUGCCGGCAAUGAUCAUAUCUUAAUUUUGACCUCAAAGGGACAAGUGUACAGUAUGGGAACUGGAAGCCGUGGCGAGCUAGGCCAUGGAACAUUGGAAAACGAGCAACAGCCAUGCCUGGUUGAAGGCCUAAAUUUCACCAAAGUCGCGCAGCUGGCCUGUGGUGCUUGGCACAGUGUUGCACUAACAGCGGAUGGUGAUGUUUAUGUUUGGGGCUGGAAUAACAGUGGACAACUGGGCGGGUGCUGCGCAGAAGGCGAAAUUCUGGACAUCCCCUAUCCUUUGGAUUACGAUGAACGCAUUUUGGCUGUUGCCGCUCAACGAAAUGGAACUGUGCUGAAAAAAAGUGACAGUUCCGUGCUCACGCUCGGUAGCACUUCCUUUUGCUGA